UUCGAUCGAAUAUCUAUUUUUAGAACUGACAUUUAUUACUCAUUCACAGUUGAUAAAAUUUCAGAGAAAAAAAUGUUUGCACAGAUCCCUUCAUCAACAUCAGGUCAAGUUAAUCGGCCGGAAUUGUAUGAGGAAGUGAAGCUCCACAAAAAUGCCAGAGAAAGAGAAAGAUAUGAUAAUCUUGCUGACUUGUAUGCAGUGAUCAAUACCAUACAGUCUCUUGAGAAGGCAUAUGUAAAAGAUGCCAUUCACCCGAAAGAGUAUACUGGUGCAUGCUCGAAACUCCUGGUCCAGUUUAAGGCUGCAUUCAGACAAGUUGCUAAAGACUAUACAGAUGUUGAGGCCUUCAUGAAAAAAUACAGGCUUGACUGUCCAUUAGCGCUGGCCCGUAUAAAGGAAGACCGACCAAUCACAAUCAAGGAUGAUAAGGGCAACACUAGUAAAUGUAUAGCAGAUAUUGUCUCUCUAUUUAUUACAGUGAUGGACAAAUUGAGACUUGAAAUCAGAGCUAUGGAUGAGAUCCAACCAGACUUGAGGGAGCUCAUGGAUGCAAUGUGUCGUCUCAGUAUUCUCUCGGCAGACUUUGAUGGCAAACAGAAAGUAAACACAUGGUUGGACAAGUUCAACAAUAUGUCAGCCUCUGAGGAGCUGGAUGACUCUCAAGUGCGACAGAUGCUGUUUGAUCUCGAAUCUUCGUAUAACUCCUUUAAUAAGGUCUUACAUGACAAUUAGCUGGGUGUUAUGUGAUAAACAUUGAAUGAUACUGAUCCGGAUAUUUUAAGGUUCAUUUUGUAGAUUGUAUAUGCUGGUCAUGUAUACAGGAUAAUUGAAUUGGUUUCUUCUUAAAAUUUCUGUUUUUGUCUUGAUGAAUUAAACAUGUACAUUGGAAUAAGAAAAAAAUAUGCAUGUUCUAGGGUUGUUCCUAACGCUCUUACUAAAAUAUUAUGACUGGCUUUAGCUACUUCGUCAAAGUAGAAAACAGAUGAAUGUUGGCCUCACUCAUUGUUUUUGUUUUUUAGCUCUACUGGCCAAAGGCCAGAAGAGCUUAUGCGAUGGUAAUGUGUACGUAGUAUGUGCAUCCGUGCGGUCAUGCGUCUGUAAACAAUUGGUUGUGAACACGAUACAGUCUUCAGUUUUGAUUGUAUCUCGAUGAAACUUGUACAGUAUCUAGAUAUCCAUUAGAGCUCAGUUCCUUUCGAAAACCAGCCAGAUCCGCCCAUAAAUGCCUAGAUUAUGGGCCAUGAAAGUUUUAAAGAAAUGCUUUCUAUUUUUAGCCAGGUCUGCAUGAGCGAAUUCUAUUUUUAGCCAAGUUUACAUGUACAUGUAAAUUCAAAUUGAGUUAAGGGAGACAAUUUGCAAGUCUAGGAUUUGAGAGACAAUUUGCCUUUUGCUUCUGCAGUUGAUUUUGUGAAUUACUCUGCCUUGUUCUUGUUGAAAGCCCAAAGGCCAUUUUUUAGCUUUAAGUUCUGUAGUUUGCGCAUUCAUCUUAACAAAAUUGGUUGUGAAUGUUUAAGUUAUGCACCUGGUGUCAUUACUGGCCACACCUAGGGUUCACAGGUUUGGUAAACAUAAAUCUGGAAAGGUUUGAAAAUCUUUUUGUGUGCUCGUGCAUCCAUCUCAGCACAAUUGAUUAUGAGUGUUUGUUCAAAUUGAUCAAUGUUGUCCUAGGAUGCCCUUGACUUUGACCUUUUGACCAACCUUUUUAACUUUUAAAACUACAGAAAUUUUUACUAUGAGUACAGUUUUGAAAGCAUUUUUUUUUGUCAUAUGACUCUUUUUUGGCACAUAUUAAAAUAGUUCAUGCAACUAAUCUGCUUACAAUACUUUCUGGGCUCAGAUGUUGAAUGUGCUACGUUUUCAGGUAACCCAAACACAAAACAUAAACUAUAUGUCUGUUGCCUUUUACCCAUACAAACAUGCUGUAGAUUGAUAUGACCACAAAAGCCAUGCCAGUAGAGCAUAGGCCCUUUUGGGCCUCUUGUUUAUAAACUACCGUACAUGUAUAUUUUAUUUCUUAAGUUUACUCUACAUCAGAAUGUUGCGAUGUUACUCACUUAUGAUGACAUAUGGAGUACAUGACUUCUUUUCAUUCUUCAAAUAAAUAUUACUUCUUACCGUAUGUUCUUAACGUACAUUUUUGUUGUUAAGUUUUGUAAUUAAUAAUGUAAAUAAUUGUACAAAAUGUUUUGUAAAUUAGACAGUAACUUAAUAAAUGAUAUAUAUUUAUA